GCGGAGCGUGCAGUCGCGUGCAAAUCUUAGACCGCUCUGGACCGCGAAAGACGCACACUCACACACACGCUGCUGGCCCCACGCUGCUUACUUCUUCUUCUCUCGCUGGCCGCGUUGAGAAGCCACCUGAGUGUUGUUCGAGUUAUUGCCGCGCGCAACGCGAUCGCGUUCGGACCGUGCGUGUGCAAGUGCCAGCGAAUUAUAAAUUAUAAAAACCGCGAUAAAAUAAAUACAAAUAAAAUAAAAACUUUUUUCUGUGCGUGUGUAAAUAAAAACUUUCGGAUUUGAAAAUAUAAGAGAAAUUUGUUUGUUUUUUGAUAUUUUUGGGAACCAUGCCGACGCAACAGUGUUUCCAUGAGGAUAUCUAGAGACCCAAGCGUGGAGUCACCCCGGAGCGGUGCGGAAGAGGCGCAAUCACCCUCUUCGCCGGAAGUUGAAUUCCGGGAGUCGCCAGGUGACUUUUGUGUCCCGCCAUGUUGUUGUAACCACCACAAUCACCACUUCUUGCAUCGAAUGGACAUCCACACAUUAAUUAAACACUAGAUUUUUAUAUUUACAACAAAAACAUUAGUUACCUACAUAUUCCAGUCAGCGUUGUAAUCGUUUUUUUUUUGUUCCUGUUAAGUUUAUAUACAUGGUGUUUUUAUUUUUUGUUUUUUGGGGACUGCAUGUAUGGACAUUUUAUUACGUUUGAAUGCAUGAUUAGUGCGUCGUACACCUGUAGAACACACCUGUAGACGUUUGUGAUAUUAUAUACCAUUGUGAGUGUUUGCGUGCGCCAGCCCCCCGGGUCGGGUAUGAUGCCUUCGACAUGCGGUCCGGGCCGCCGCCGUUGAAGCAUCAAUCACCACCAUUCAAUCACCACCAUCGCCGGAACGGUGUUACCACCGACAGCAACAACAAUUCCACCAGUUACACCUAUCUUAGGAACAAGUGUACAUUGCUUGUACAAGGCGAAGUGUCAAGUGCCCCCUUAGUGGCGGCAAGUGCGCAGCCUUCGGCCCCCAGCAGUCCUCAGUCAAGUAUGCUUCUGCUGCAGACUCAAACCCCGUUUGGCUCGAGCAGCUUCGCUGACCUGCUGAGUUUUCCGGACGACCCGAGCUCCGUUCUGCCUCCCGAGGACCUCGACCCGUUCCCCGACGUAGCUUUACAAUCCCAACCACCUUCACCGGCGCCACUGCCCAGCUUCCAGGAGACCUACUCGGUGCGUUACAACACCACCUUCAAGAUGGAGGAGGAUUGCUUCAACGUCGCCGCUUAUACGCAUCACCCUACGCACGUGGCCGCCCCCACGCAUCACUACGACUACCAGCAGCAUCAGUACAGCAGUAGUCCUUACUACCCGCCGCCGCAGUGCUUCGACAGCCUGAUCUCGCAGGAUUCAUACUCGCUACCGCCGUAUCAGAACGUCCCGUCGGAGUUGAACGUGAGCACUGCUCUGAGUCCACGCCAACGACGAGCUUCCCUACCACUACAACGUUCGGAAUCAACUAGUAGUAGUGAAAGUCCCAAGUUACGCCUUGCGGGUCCUACUUCAGUUUGUUCAUCAGCAGCGAGUUCCCCUGGAGGUGUGGAUCCUGUUGGGAGUGGUGGAAUGCAAAAGGGACCAGCUCCCCCAUCACCUUCGCAGUUAUGUGCAGUGUGUGGGGACACAGCCGCUUGUCAACAUUAUGGUGUUCGUACCUGUGAGGGGUGUAAAGGUUUCUUCAAACGCACGGUACAAAAAGGAUCCAAAUAUGUGUGUUUGGCUGAUAAGGCUUGUCCAGUGGAUAAACGCCGUCGCAAUCGGUGUCAGUUCUGCCGCUUUCAGAAGUGCCUCGCUGUUGGCAUGGUGAAGGAAGUAGUACGUACUGAUUCCCUGAAGGGUCGUCGUGGUCGACUGCCUUCCAAACCCAAAUCACCACAGGAAUCACCACCGAGUCCACCUGUGAGUCUUAUCACGGCUUUGGUGCGCGCACAUGUCGACACUACCCCUGACCUCGCCAACCUGGACUACUCACAGUAUUGUGAACCCAGUCCUGUGGAACCCAUCAUUUCCGAAGCGGAGAAGAUUCAGCAGUUCUACACUCUACUGACUACUUCAGUGGAUGUCAUUCGUAACUUCGCUGAGAAGAUUCCUGGCUUCCAGGAGUUAUGCGCUGAGGAUAAAGACCUGCUGUUUCAAUCCGCGUCGUUGGAGCUCUUUGUGCUGCGGCUUGCCUAUCGGACCCAUCCGAAUGAUACAAAGUUAACAUUCUGUAAUGGUGUGGUUUUGGAUAAGCUACAGUGUCAGCGGUCGUUUGGUGAUUGGCUGCACGCUAUCAUGGAGUUCUGCAACGGGCUGCACUUGAUGGAGAUUGACAUAUCCGCCUUUGCGUGUCUAUGCGCCCUCACCCUCGUGACAGAACGACAUGGAUUAAAGGAACCACAUCGGGUUGAACAGCUCCAGAUGAAAAUCAUAUCAUCGUUGCGUGACCACGUGACGUAUAACGCGGAAGCUCAACGCAAGGCGCAUUACUUCAGCCGGCUGCUGGGCAAGUUACCAGAGCUCCGGUCGCUGAGCGUGCAAGGACUACAGCGGAUUUUCUAUCUGAAAUUGGAGGACCUCGUGCCGGCACCGCCUCUGAUUGAGAAGAUGUUUGUCGCCAGCUUACCGUUCUAAGUGCACACAGAGUUUAAUUAUGUAAUUACUAGGAAAUAUUUCUUUUAAACGGUGAUAAAAUGUGAAUGUGAUUUGUUAUUAAUGAUACAUAUUAUUGGGACGAGCGGAUGAGAUGUGGGACAGAUUGAGGUUUGAUGAAGAUGAUGAUGAUGAGACAGAUACGGAUGAAAUUAUUAAGUGUUGAUUAGCAUUAACAGGUUCUUUCAAAAAGGACGCUCCAAUGCCGCAUAUAUCCAUCGCUAACUUAUAUAAAUGUUUACAGUUUAAGUAAUCAUAGUAUAGCUAAAAUAUUCUACGUUUAUGAUAAAUUAAGUUUUUAUGGAAGUCUAGUGCUAUGCCGGGGGAGGGGAAAUACAACAAAACAGAUCUAGCCAGAGAGACGCAACGCCAUGCUUUACUGUUACUAAUAGCCACAUUGAGGUUAGAAUAUAACCUCGAAUGUCAGAGGAAAACUUACCAGUUAUGGCGCUGCGCGUCGCUACGCCAUAUUUUUACUUAGAGACAAACCGCACUCAACUUUGACAUGAACGCACCGAUGAUACUCUUUCAAUAUUGCUCUCUAUGUGCGCAGUUAUUAAUAUUAUGAUGUGCAUACUUGCAACGACAGUUACCUAAUACAGGCUAUGAGUUUGAUUUCAUACUUUAUAUGUGUCUAAACGCUACCAAAACCUAUCAAUCUCAUUGAAAAUGAUGCAAAUCCGUGAAAAGCGAAAUGAAUCCGAAAUUAUUACUAGUCACGGCACUAUUUUUGAGUUGGAUAAUUUAGAAUUGUUAUUUUUAUAUGAAUUUUUAUUGUGUUUGUUUUUUUAUGACGUGUAUAGACAUAUCAUGUAUUUACGAUCGAAGUUCUUUUGUUACCAGGAAACCAGAAUCGACAGAGCGCUGAUGAUGUUCCGAAAUUUUUUAGUUACCAGACGAGCAGGCGUCAAAUAUAAAAAAAGAAAACUUGCUAUUUUCCAAAAUACUGCAAUGUGAAGCGUUGAGUUUGUGCCAUUUCAUAACGUUAUGCGAGUGAAUCCUUUCGAAUUGAGAUGUGAGAUGUAUUAUAUAUAAAGUAUGUAUAUUUUCAUAUCAAUUACUGCCUUGAAAUGGAAACGAUGGACUGACCUGAUAGUUACCUGAUUUGGGAUGGUAUACAAAUAAACUAUUUAACGAAUAAUGAUGUGAAACGAAGAAACAAAUUACGCAUAGUGUGCUUAGGAAUCCAGAUGAUAUUUUUUAGUUAUGUUUAAGCCAAGUAAACACAAGUUUUUCAACUUAAAAAUUAAAAUUUAAAUCUAACACCGUCCGGAUGGAUACGAAUGAAUUUCUUCAAUCAAGUCUUCACAAAUAAAGUCUUCGUUUUGUUUAAAAGUUUAGUUAUCCCACAAGAAAUCACAAAACAUAACCCGGAAUGACGUUUUUCGUGAUAAAGAAAUAAAAAUAUUCGGCAACCAUUUGCAAUACAGUAUGGAAUAAAUGAAUAGAGUACCUAUCUAUGAACUAAUUUUACUAUCCAGUAUAUAUUAUUAUAAAUUUAAUAUGAGGAAGAAUUUGUCAUAUUUGUACCUGCUUUUAUAAACGUUGAUUACAUUUUAGAGGGAACAGAAUAUUGUAAACGUCACAAAUUUAUAAAUCAUAGGCGAUAUUUCGUACCGUUUGUUUACUAUCUACAAAAAAACACUAGCGAAUUACCUUCGUAUUGUAAUGGUUAAAUGUGUAUAUAUGAUAAUGAAACUUUCAUAUUGAUGUGUAGGGAAAUCUCUUGCGAUUUUUUGCUUCUUGCCGCACGCAAAUCAACAAAACGUUGCCAUUUAAUGCCAGUUUGUUAACGUAUGAGUAUAAUAUUUUGUUCGUUACAAUAUUAAUGCUUCAUUAUUGAUAUUUAUGUAUCUGUACUUACCUAAUUUCUAGAUGUGUGUUAUUAUUACGUAAUUAGUUUCUAGGAGUUAAUAAAUUAUACGUACACAAAUAUGAUAUGCCGAAUAGUUACCUAUACUUUAGCAGAUAAAGUUAUUCUUUUUAAACUAAUAUAUUAAUACAUACUGUUAUACAGAAUAGAAUCGUAUUGCUUACAACUAAAGAUAGACGUUUCUUUAGCGUAAGAGGAUGUAAAUCGAAUCAAAUUGUUGAUUCUUGAAAAAAAUAAUUAAUUUCACAUCAAAAGUUGCAGAUAGAAACGAAAAACCAGUGUGUUAUGAUUAAUUAAUGUUUAUUUAUUUGUGUGGCAUUUCUUUAAUAAAUUGUAAUGCAAACAUUUUGCAUCCACAAAGGAGCCGCUGCUUGACAAAUGUUUAUAUACUAUGAAAUUUACCAAGUACAAUAAUUUCACCCUAUUAAACGAGUAAAACUCAUAGUUGUUACGAUGUUACCGCAAUAGCACAAUUUUAAUUAAGUUUUUUACUGUAUUUUGUUAAAAGUGAGGCAAAACAAAUCAAUUUUAAUGAUUUUUAUGGUAUGUAUUGCAUAUUUCUUGUACGUAAUCGAAAUAAAUUCUAUAUUUUAAGUAA